AUGAGUCAGCAGAAAAAGGCGGUCAGUGGACAUUCAGCAGGAGACCACCAGAACCUCAUGAAUGGAGUGUCAGAGAAAGACACGAUCAGCCAAUCAGCAGACAGUCCUGUGACGGACUUGGCCGUCAGUAGCUCUCACAAUGGUCCUUUAACCAGCGGUACAAUCCUCUCAGACACACAGGACAACAGUCCCCAGCCAUCAGAGGAGAUGCUCUCCAGCCAAUCAGAGCUCAGGUCCUCUAAGUGUCCUCAGGACCGUGAGCUUCCCAGCAUUCCUCCCAACAACGGCCUUAUUGGGGAGGGACCCCCGGCCUCAGGGGACAGCACCUAUGAGGUGGUGAAGGAGAUGGCGGUGUCGUCACGUGACAUCAGCGUGGAAGACUCCCUGUACGAGACGGUGAAGGAACUCAAAGAGCCCCCCCCACAGCUGGGCCUCCCCAACGGUACCAUCCAGCUGAGCUCAGACAAACCUACCACUCACCCCCCCGCAAUUCUCAACGGCCACCUGAGCCCCUGCACUCCUGAGCGGGGGCCCCUAUGCGCUGGGGUGGAGUACGCCUCCGUGGACCUGAAUAAGAAGAGCCGCCACAGCGCAGACCUGGAGGCCAAACGGCGCUCUGAUAACGCCAGCCUGCCCCCCCGCAGGCCUGUAGAGGAACCAGAGGAGGACUUACCGCCCCCGGUACCAGAGAAGGUUCUGGAUGAAAAUGACAACCAGCCAGUGGUGAUGAAUGGGAUGACCGGCGCUGGGCUGCACAAUGGAGAGGUGAGGAGAUGUGCAGCUUAA